AGUACGACUCUUCGGACAGCCGGAUCAUUGUGCAUGGAAGACGUUAUCUCCCAUGAGCAAUCGCUCGCUUUUACUCGCCAGACCAUUAAUGCGGCCGACUUGGCGGAGUGGCCAGAUGCCGCCUUGGUCGGUGCCGGUCGGUUGGAGGACGGGCGCGUCUUCACCGGCUCCUCGAAUGCAGAGGCUCGGCCUCUUAAACUGAAGCAGCUCACCUUCACUGACUCGCGGGGUCCAUCCGAGGACUGCGAAUGUAUCGCCUUGUCGGCAGAUGGCAAGCUUCUCGCGGCAUCGUUCAAAAGUAGCGACGUCCUCAUAUGGCGAAUAUCCGAUGGUCUAUUUGUUCAACAUCUCCAUCAUCAGGGGCAUACAGACCUUGUUAGAUCCCUCUCCUUUUCCCCCAUCGACUACACUCUUGUCUCAGGGUCCGAUGACAUGACCACAAUUGUGUGGGAUACUCGACGUGGCCGCGUACUUCUAUGUCUGGAAGGACACCGUGGGCCAGUGCGCAGCAUUGCAUAUGCUCCCCAUGGCGCGAUCAUCGCCACCGGUUCUGAAGGCGACGACAGCUCGGUGAAGAUUUGGGACGCGUCGAGUGGGGCAUGCCUGCAUUCCUUCAGCGUUGAUGAAUACGUGUACAAGCUCACGUUCUCUCCAGAUAGCUCAAGUCUCUGUGCUGAGCUAGGCAAAUCCUGCAUCAUCUAUGACAUCCACACCUUUACGAGUACUGCUACGUUACAGCAUGCCGCUGGGAAAACGCUCUACUCGUCGAUGUCUCGCCAAGGCGAUCGAAUAGUUACCUGCCCGGUUUCGGGAGACCGGAGACAAGUGAAGAUCUGGAGCACGGUGACAGGCGAGGAGCUUCUCACAAUUGAUCAUCCGAAGAAGCUCUCGUAUCCGGUGGCAUUCUCCCCAGACGGAGCUGAAGUGGUGGCGGCUUGUGAUGCGGACACGGCAGCCGUCACCUACGACUCGCGUACGGGCCAGGUCCGUCAUAUCUUCAAGUUGUCGAACCUGGCAGAUAGUGCGGCGUACUCCCGAGACGGGAACUAUGUCGCCUUUGGCGCCGAUGACCGCGGCCAUGUCGAGCUGUACGAUGCAAAGUCUGGAGUAUUUCUCGCAAGAUUUGAUGGGCAUAAAGAACAUAGGCUCGCUUUGGAUAUUCAGUUUCCAUCUGACAGUCACACAUUCCUAGCACAAUUCAGGAGUGGUCCCUUACUUCUAUGUAACAUUCAGGAUGUAUUGCGCAUACGAUAGUAUAGUAUUGGCGCAACGUCUGCUUAGUUCAGUUGUACUUUAAAAUCAUUCUAACUACAGUGAACAUGUGGUAAAUAUAAUGUGACGUGCGCCGGUAUGGGAUGCGUGC